CAUCGCAACCGACAACAAGGCGGAACCAUUGCACAUGGACAUUGGACUAGAGAACAUCGGAAACAUUGAGAGGUGAGCACCAAGGGUUUCCGGUUACAUUUGUUUUUGAAAUUUUUGAAACCUUGGGCGACGGAUUGGCAGACAUGUCCACGCUGUUCCCCUCUCUCUUCCCCCGGAUAACCGAGUCCCUUUGGUUCAACCUCGACCGACCUUGUGUGGACGAGACCGAGCUGCACCAGCAGGAGCAGCAGCACCAAACCUGGCUGCAGAGCAUUGCUGAGAAAGACAACAACCUCAUGCCCAUUGGGAAACCUAUUUUUGAGGCAGGAUAUGAAGACGAAGAAGAAGAGGAUGACGAGGAUGAAGAGGACAGCGAGGAGGACUCUGAAGAUGAAGAGGACAUGCAGGACAUGGAUGAGAUGAAUGACUACAAUGAGUCACCGGAUGACGGCGAGAUCAAUGAGGUGGACAUGGAAGGACCAGAUCAAGAUCAAGGACAAUGGAUGAUUUAAGACAACGGACAAUUUUAGUCUCCGUCAAGAUGUCUGGCACUGGAUUUUUACUCCCCACCCGAAGACAUGACCGCUGACCCUUCAGUGACACAGAUUUUUAUUUUUAUUUGUGCAAACAGGAAAAUAAUAUGCUUGAGUCAAGGGAGGUUGGGUGGAUCAAGCAAAAAAUGCUUUCGAAGCUGCCACCUGCCUUUGAAGGCUCUGAGCGUCCUUGAACUAGAUGCGAGUGUUGCUACCCUGUGCUCGCACACACACACACACACACACACACACACACACACACACACACACACACACACACACACACACACACACACACACACACACACACUCACACACAAUGUCUUGCUGUUUUGUGACCAGUCGGACACACACCCAUGCUAUGGCAGCAGUGUAGCCAACUGAUCUCUCAUUAAAACUUUGACCUUGUGGUAUCUUCAGUCAUGUGCCACCUCUUCAAACAGCUGACUUAGCACAAUCAGCAGUUUAGUCAGCUACAUAAUUGUUUACCUAUGAACUCACAGAUACUUUACCACCAUAUUAUAUGAUGCUGUUUUAUAGCAUUGAGUAUGCUGCUAAUGUUUUUUUGUUUCUGAUAUCGUAUUCUGAUUGGAAUCUUACUAAAGUCUUGUUAAGUAUGAUUAUGCUCAUACCAUGCAGAAUUUCUGUUUGCAAUUCAUUUUAUUUUUUUACAUAUUUGUUAACACGUCAAGGGUAAGGGCUGGCAUUACUUCUGAAGAAUGUCAGUUGUAUUAAGUAUCCAUUCAAUUACUCUCAUGUUUAUGUUCACUGGCGGCUUACUAAGACUUUUGAUUUGUUUUGAAAAUAACAGAAGCCUUAAUAUUUUGUAUUAAAUGAACUCAUUUUGAUGAAA